CUUUCUCCGCCCCGCUCCCCACCAAACACACUCGCACACAGGCUCUCAAGGUGUUCUCCUCACAGCGGAAGAUGGCGACAGACUGAGGGGGCAUGGCCAGCGGGAACCAGGGGCCGUGCCGCUUGGCGGCCACCUCAGCGGUUCGAACGAGAGGCGGAAGCAAGAAGCGCUCUAAGUAAAGCCCAGCGUCCGCGUCCGCGUCUGCGUCCGCGUCCGGCGCCUGUGGCGCUGCUGGGAGCCAGGUGGCCCGCCGGAGCCGGAACUCCGAGAGCAGCCUGUGAGCAGCCAGAGCAGAGCCGGCCCAGGACCGGCACCGGCGAACGGCCAGAGCGAGAGCGAAUCCCGAAGGGCCGGGCAGCGGGCCGACCGGCGGGCCUAGGAGGGCGCGAGAGAGGCAGGGAGCGGAGCGGAUCAGCGCGGGCGGACGGGCGGGAGCAGAGCAGCGCGGGGAGAGCGAGCGGAGCGAAACGCGGCGACUGGGCCCGCACGGCGGCGCUGAGGGGCGCAGAGGUGCGCCGAGCCCAGCCGAGACGGCCAGAGCGGAGUGUGAGGAGGGCUGCCGCCGGCCCCGAGUGGAGUGUCACGGAGCAGAAGGCAGCUGAGGGGCCCGACACUAUGAAGAGCGCGGCGCUGCCGCCGCAGCCGCCACCGCCUCAGUGCCCCGCACCGCCCCCCGCCGGGACGCCAGGCAGCGCCUAGCGGGCCGGGCGGCCGCGCCCGGGCUACAAGCGAGGGAGCGCGGGAGGGGCGCGGGGACGACACAAGAGCGCUCCGCGACUCCGGCCUGAGUGGGGCCCCGGGCCGGCCGGCCUGCCUCACCAUGCAGCCCCCGAGGUAGAACCUGGACGGCGCCGAGGAACGCGGAGCGGCGGGCAGUCCGCUCGCUCGCCCGAGACGGCCGUCCGGCCUCGUGCCUGCCUGCUUUCUCCAGCCCGGACCCCCCUGAAAUAUGUUCAGGGGCGCUUGGAUGUGGCCCGGAAAAGACGCCGCCGCGCUGACUAUCUGCUGCUGCUGCUGCUGCUGCUGGGCUCCCAGGCCGAGCGACAAACCUUGCGCCGAUUCCGAGCGGGCGCAGCGAUGGCGACUAUCCCUGGCGUCCCUGCUCUUCUUCACCGUGCUGCUCGCUGACCAUCUGUGGCUGUGCGCGGGGGCCCGGCCCCGGGCCAGGGAGCUGAGCAGCGCCAUGCGGCCACCCUGGGGGACCAACCGUGAGCGGCAGCCAGUCCCUCCUCGUGCGGUGCUGCCACUGCUGCCGCCGCCCGGCGAGCCCAGUGCGCCCCCAGGCACCUGCGGUCCCCGAUACAGCAACCUGACCAAAGCCGCCCCCUCCGCUGGUCCCGGGUUGGACUGCAGCGGCAUCCCAGAGCCCACGGGGCUGGACGCAGCUUGCACCAAAUUUCAAUCUUUGCAGAGAUUUUUCGAACCGACUACCCCAGCCCCACCUCUGCGGCCCCCUGACUCCCCUUCCCGUGCUCCGGCCGAGUUCCCCUCCGCCCAAAAAAACUUGCUCAAAGGCCACUUUCGGAACUUCACUCUCUCCUUUUGCGACACCUACACGGUCUGGGACUUGCUGCUGGGCAUGGACCGCCCCGACAGCCUGGACUGCAGCCUGGACACCCUGCUGGGGGACCUGCUGGCCAUAGUGGCCAGCCCGGGCUCCGGGGCCUGGGAGGUGUGUAGCAACUGUAUCGAGGCGUACCAGCGGCUUGACCGACAUGCUCAGGAAAAAUAUGACGAGUUCGACCUCGUGCUGCAUAAAUACUUACAGGCGGAAGAGUACUCAAUUCGGUCCUGCACAAAAGGCUGUAAGGCUGUCUACAAGGCCUGGCUGUGCUCAGAAUACUUCAGCGUGACCCAGCAGGAAUGCCAGCGCUGGGUGCCCUGCAAGCAGUACUGCCUGGAGGUGCAGACCCGGUGCCCCUUUAUACUCCCUGACAAUGAAGAAAUGGUGUACGGAGGGCUCCCUGGUUUUAUCUGUACAGGGUUGCUGGAUACUUCGCCAAAGCAGCUGGAAAGCAAGUGCUGUGACGUGCAGUGGGUCUCCUGUGAGUCGGAAAAGAAGAAGUUCAAGGAGUCUGAGGCCCCCAAAACCCACCACCAGCAAUUCCACCACUCCUAUUUCCACCACUACCACAAACAGUACCGCCACUACCAUCCCCGCCAUGACCCCCCAGGCCGUAUCAGCCACAAGCCCUCCCUGCUGCCGGUCUCUGGGGGCUCCCGCCUCAGCCCCAGCAGGAUCCGGCUCUAUGUCCUUGUUCUCAUGCUCCUCCAUACCAUGGUGUCCUUCUCCAGCAACCAGAGUGGUGGGGGACUGGGGCUGGAGGCACUGCCUGCCCUAGAUGAGGGCCUGACUCUGGAAGAGUGACAGCAGGGAGGGAAGACAGACCUCCACCACACACUGACAUCAGUUCCAGCUCCCCCAGGGGCAGCGGGAGGGGGCUCCUCCCAUGGGAGAUAUAGGACCAGGUUGGGGGGGGAAAUGAGGGACUACACAUGGUCCCCAACCUACUCCCACUCCAAAAGCAGCCCCAGCAGAAUGGCCAGAGGGCCCCAGGGAGCUGCAAAACUCAUCCAGGAGAAGGCAAGAGCAGCAGGCGCCCCAUCCUAGGCCCCCAUUUAUGGGGCUUAGCAAACAAAAAGGGGUAGAGUGGGGGCUGGCAUUGUCCACCCCUGCUGAGGACCCUCACCCCAGGGAAAGAGGCUGCUAUCCCGGCAUUGGCCCUGCAGGGAAUGUUGGGGGGCCCAGAAAGGAGCAGUUCUUUCCCCCCUUCACAUUCCUUUUGUUGCCAAGAUCCUUAAUUCCCUUCUGCCCAUACCCCAACACGGACGGUGCAGUGGCCCUCCUCCAGUUCACCUUGGCCCACAUGAGACCACAGUAGGGAAGUGCCAGGCUGGGGGAUGAGGUGCGCACAGUCACAGCUGGGUCAGGACUCCAGUUAACUGCCCCACCACCCUAGGCAAUGAGGGGUAGGAAUGGGAUGCAGAAUGAAUGGUGAGAGAGUAGAGAUAGGAAAGAGGGAGAGGAGAGUUGUAGGCAGAGGGCUUAGAGCAGCGGUUCUCAACCUGUGGGUCAUGACCGCUUUGGCGGUCAAACAACCCUUUCACUGGGUUGCCUAAGACCAUCCUGCAUAUCAGAUAUUUACAUUACGAUUCUUAACAGUAGCAACAUUACAGUUAUGAAGUAGCAACGAAAAUAAUUUUAUGGUUGGGUCACAACAUGAAGAACUGUAUUUAAAGGGCCAGAAGGUUGAGAACCACUGGCUUAGAGAGAUGGCUAAAUGGGCUAUUGCUACCAGGCUUUGGGGAGGUGGAUGAUCAGUGUUGAGGCAGGCUCAAAGACAGCUCCCAAAAUCAAAAAAUGAUGUAUAAGGAGCCCUGUUGGGGGAAAGUGCAGGAAAUGGGUUGCUGGGCCUUGAAACAGAAGGCUGAGGUCAUAUGGUCAGACUGCCGCUGUCUGGAGGGCCAUAUCUUACAGAAGGUGCACAUACUCCCAAGGGCCGCUCUUGCCCUGGAGAUCUUAGCCUUGAGGACAAAGACAUUUCCAUUUCUGAUCUCCAUAGGGAGGAGGGACUUAAGCCCAAGUAGGUCAGACCUGGCCUGGAUCCCCAUACUCCCCCAUCUUGCCCUAGCCCAGACCUCCAUGAUGGAGAAUCUGGUGGCAUUGCCCCAGGGCUUUCCAGAGAUGAGUCCCCACCCCCCAUCCCUACCCUGUCCCCAUCCCCAGCCUACCAAAGAGUAUUCAUCUCUUCCCAUCUCUGACCCCAUGAUACACUACUCCAAUAGUGAAACAACCAGACUCCUCCUCACCCUGUACCUGGUCCGCUGAUCCAGCCACCCUUACUCCUUGCUGGAGAACAUCCAGAAACUGGCAAAAAGGACCCACUGAAUAAAGAGAAUGUGCUGUCAUCUGUUGGCUGACAGACUUGAACUAUUUAGCCAGGUUAGAGGGCAGAGUGAGAGAAGAGUCAUCAAGAGCCCUUUGGGAGCCAUUAGCCUUGUGCUGAUCUCUUGGGAGUGGGAGACCACAUUGCCUGGACAUCUCAAAGCCAAUAGGAAGCCAGAACUGUUCUGGAACAGGCCAAGCGGCUUUGGUGCCAGAAGAAUCUGUGUCCUAGGAUGUGAUGCCAGUGAAUUAAGGGGAUGGGUAGCCGUGGAGCCACAUUAGGUAAAACCAAGAAGGGAAUCGAGAGAGGACAGCUGAAAUUGAUUGGCUGGGGGAUAAAUGGGAGACUUCCCUUGUAGAGAAGGAAUCAUUCAAGGGCCUCAGUUGUGUCCCAAAUAGACUUCAUGAGAGUGGGGAGUCCUUCCCUGCCAGUUUUCUCAUUUCUCACAGCAUGCCCCCUUCCUCCACCCAUAUGCCCUGCCCACACACUCCCCUGUUUGGCCCUCAGCACUUUGGGCCUAGCCACAUACCCCAUCCCUAGAGUGCUCUUUUCAGCUGGGGAGGGAAAGAGGUGCUGGCUCCUUUCCAGAGAUGCUUAUGUAGACAUGAGAGACCCUAGGUACUGCCUUCUAACUCCUGCAUCCUCAGGAGGGGAAAAGGGGACUGGGAAGUAAAGGGGGACCUAAGGGCCCUAGGGAAUGGAUCCUUGGAGACUCCCAUCCUCUCUUCCCCCUCACCAAGUGCCCAGGAGACCCCUGGCUCAGACUAGCCCAGGGCCUUGCCCGGUGGCAGGGGAAAGGGGCACCUCACUCCACCUCAAAGUCAUUUGAUUGUCCCUAUCCACCCCACCACCCAGAUCUUACACUACUCCUCAAGCUGCCCUGCCCUCCAUCACAGGCAGCAGAGCUGGACAGCUUUCUUACGCCAUUUUCUACACUGUGCUUCAUGAGUAGGACUUUCUUGCACUAGUUUCUAUGACUGAGUCUCCAAGCUGGAUUCCUAGUAGUCCCCUGUUCCUUCCUCCCUUACCUGGCUGAUUCAGUUGUCCCCCUUUCCCCGCCUCUGUGUUUCGGUGAGAGUCUCUGUAUGUGUACUGCUUUCUGUUUUGUUGCAUUGUGGAGCAGAGGCCUUUCUGCUCUUGUUUAACCCCAUAAAGAAAUAAAUUGUAAGACUUGAUGAUAA